GUCGAUAUGAUCGAGAACUACAGUGAACGGACGCGUUGCGGGAAAAGUUUUGUUCUUGCAGAAAAUAACGAAAUGAAGAGGUAAGUUUAUCUGUCAUUUGUUUUCAAGAAGUAUUUACUGCAAAAUAAACACUUAUGUUCUUUAAUAGCAUUGAUCUAAUAAGUAGUAAUUCGUUUUCAAUGUUAUAAUUACGAAUAGUCCAUGCAACAAUGUAUGGUUAUGUGCAAUUUAAACUUUCAUUAAUUAAAAGAACGAAGUACUUCACCAUCCACAUUUUGUUUUUCCAUGUUAUUUACGAACAAAGACAAGAGGUUCUACGUUAGUCUCUCCCUCGUCUCUCCCUCGUCUCUCCCUUCAUUCUCCCUGAGAUCUAUCAAGACGUCCACGAUACACAAUGCAACAAAUGCGACGCAACAAAUGUGGAUAAAAUGGCGGGGCGAUCGAGGAAGGAAUCUCGAUGUGCAGUUAUACAGGCGUCCAUUAUUCGCGAGAACACGGUGCAUCUUCGUGUCUUCAAGAUACAACGAUAACCAAAAGGAGAAGACCAAGCGUGUAAUACCGAUUACGUGUUUUUCUCUUGAUCUAUUAAUAAACUUGGAUCUCGUGCGAUGUGUAUUUAUCAGUAAUUUCAACAUUUUUCAAGCAUCACCACUUCCGGUUUCUAGAGCUAUUAAUAUAACGGAAGAAGCAUGGAAGAAUAUAUGAUUUAGGGUAUAAAAUUUAGGCCGCAAACCCGGAAUGGCGGCAGUCCGGUUUAAUCUUGACACGCCCAUUAUACACUGCAUCUAUUACAUCAUGAUCACGCUAGAUAGCGUAUUUCUAUAGUCUACCUAUGAAACCUAUAAGGUGCAAUUAAAAUUUGAAAGAAUUCCUGGGAACCGGUUUUCUGCUCGAUUAAAAUGAUUUCGCUAUAGGAUGGUCAUCUGAUUUCAUUAUCGAAUCGUAGCGAUUCACUUGACUUUCUGUCGAUCGCUUGUCGGUGAUUUAUUUGUUUCACCGGCGUUGAAGUUAAUCAAUUCCGGUGAAUAAUAGAGAAGGUUUACGAGAAGUGAUAAAGAUCGAAUAGCAACUGAUCAGGAAAAUUGUCAAGAUCUUGAUAAUGAGAUAAGCAGAAGACAAAUUGGCUCGAUGUGAAGCAAUGUCUGAGUGAUCGAGUAUGUAAAUUAUUAUCCUUACGGUAUAAUUUUACAAUCAACAUGAACUGACCACGUUAGAACGUGUUAGAGUUUAUUAUUUCACUCGUAGAACGUUUAGUUACUAAAAAGUAUAGUUCACAAUGUAA